AAGGUCCAAAUAAGGAAUGCAAAGGGGGAGCUGUGCCAGCCGCGCGCAGGCUGCCGUUCUGGUCGUCAGCAUCCUUCCGUGGCAGAGGACGCGAUUGGCUGCUCCGUCUGUCCUCUCCCUCCAGGCUGACCAAUGGGAGUCCCGGAUUCCGGCCUCCUUCCUCUCUCCCGGAGUUGUGGCCAGUGAGUCUCGCUUUCUGCGUUGUGAUUUGCUCCCCAAUUGACCUAAAUAACGAGGCUGGCGAGGGCGAGGCGCCGAGCCCGGGGCUGCGCGCUCGCUCGCUCCCUCGCUCGCUCUCCGGCGGGCUCUUCCCGGGCGCAGGAAUCCCGGCUGCCCGCCCGGCGCGUCCCAGCGGGAUCGGGCCCGGUUUUGGCGCAGCCCCCGGCGCCUCGGAUGGGGGCUUCCCUUCGCGCUGCCCGGGCAGGAGAUGAGGGCCCAUUGCGCUCGCGGAUGAGGACUCCGUCGACGGCGCCUCGCCUGGCCCGCCCGGUGAGCUGAGCGGGCGGCGCCCCUCGCCUCGGCUGCAGCCCGGAGCCCGGCCGCCGCGCUGGCUCUCGCCCCCCUUCGGCGAUGCCCGACCAAGCCGCGGAAAGCGCGCCUCCCGCCUCGGCGCCCCCGCGCGUCUCCUCCUUCUUCAUCGCCAAUUUGCUGGCCGCCAAAGCCCAGGACGAGCAGCGGCCGGACGGCGCCGACGACGAGCGCCAAGCGCGGCGGGCGCGCGGCGGAGGCUUCGCGGGCAGCCAUUGUUCGCUCGCCUGCUGCCCGUGCCAGGCUUCCCGCUUCGGGCUGGGGCUGCGCGGCUACCCGCUCCGGGAGAGCACCGUGGACUGGUACAGAAGAGCGCACGUGGCUUUCAUAGGCUGCGCCAGUCCGGAAACCAGCGACAGAGACUCUCCGGAGAUCUCCGAGGAGGCAUCUCCCGGGAAGGAAGCGGCAGCAGCAGCAGGAGGCGGCGGCGGCAGCGGCUGCUGCGAGAAAGUGGCCGCGGAGCUGAGCCCCGGCGCGAAAAGCGAGGACUUGGCGUGCAGCGGCGGCGGCGGUGCCCAGGAAGGCGGUGGCGGCAGCCAGGGCAGCAGCCUGGACGAGGAGCGCGCGGAGGAGUCGGAGGGCGGCGAGGGGCGCGGCGGCGGGCGCAAGAAGAAGACGCGCACCGUCUUCAGCCGGAGCCAGGUCUUCCAGCUGGAGUCCACCUUCGACGUGAAGCGCUACCUGAGCAGCUCGGAGCGGGCCGGCCUGGCCGCCUCGCUGCACCUCACCGAGACGCAGGUGAAGAUCUGGUUCCAGAACCGCCGUAACAAGUGGAAGAGGCAGCUGGCGGCCGACCUGGAGGCGGCCAACCUCCCGCACACGGCGGCGCAAAGGAUAGUCCGCGUGCCCAUUUUGUACCAUGAGAACUCGCUGGCGGGCGGCGCGCUGGGCUGCUUCCCGCUGCCGCCUCCCGCGCACGCCUCUCCGCCGCUGGUCGCCGUCUCCGGCAGCGUCGCCUACCCGCUGGCGACCUUCCCCGCGGCCUCGGCGCCCUUCCUCCGCUCGCAAGUGACGGGCCUCGUUUGAUCCUCGGCCGCCUGGACGCCGCUUUCCUUUCUGGGUCCCAAACUACUUGAUUGGAUGCUUUUGAUUGUUUUAAAGGUGCAAUAAACUUCUAUAUUUUCCCCGGGCCUAAUAAUAUUUUUUUUCCAAAAAGCCAAGCAAAAAGUCUCUACUUGACCUCCGUUCCUCGGACUUCUCCUGAGCAAGAGCCUGCCAUGGUUGCGUCCAGGAAUAUUGGAGAAAACGCCAACCAUAGUUUGCGGGCUCAAGUCCUAGAGACACUUCUCCUUAUCCUCCGAAGAUCUGCGGGUGGGCUUCUCGCGUUUCUUAAUGGCGGCAAUGUUGUGUAAGAAAAGAAUGUAAAGAUGUUUACUUUUCCAGCCACAAUGACAGGGACCACGGCCUCCUCCCCUUGUCCGCCCCCCCGCAGCUCUUCCUCGGAUCAAAAGUAUAGUUGAAACAGUGAAUCUGUCGCAUAGUUUAUUGCCUUUUCAUAGGAUGAGGAAGAUUGAGGGAAACUGAAGUAUUGGCAUUCAACAAGAUAGUUUUAUCUCCCUCCCUCGGAAAGCUUUUCAUUCGGUAUCUUGUUUAGGAAAGGCCUUAGGUGGCCUACCUUGAAAUUGAUUGUCAAUGGGUGUUUUGUAUCUUUUUUUAAAAAAACCAACCUGGAAUUAAUUGGAUGCUAAAGAGAUUUGCUUUCCAAUUUGCAAAUAAUUAUUGAAUUUUGGUCAGGUUUUCAUGAGGAAAAAAAAAACUUCAAUCUUCUCUUGCUGUGACAUUUACGAUAUAAAAUCCAUAUUCGGAUUUAUUUUCUAUCCCUCACACUCCAGAAAUCAACAUAUAUGACGUAUGCGCUAUAAUUAUUCAGUUGAUUUUAAUUUAUGGUAUAAAAUGUUUUAAAAUCCUCCUUAAUAAUUUUCAUUCUUCAACCAAUUCCCCAAGCGCCCCAUUAUAAUAGUUUAUACUUCCCUUGACGUCAUGUUAUAGCCUAAUUCUGUUUGAGCAGUUGAAAACGAUCAAUUUGCCAAAGCCUUUGAUUUCCUUCAGUCAUGUUCGAAUAUGUUUCCUGUGGAAAGCUGGAAUGCGCAUUCAUGUGUCCUGUUCACAACAUAUUAGAGUAAAACUUCAGUUGAUAACUUGUCUUUAGCGACUGUAAUGCGGUAUUAUAUGAAGUAUUAUGCAUGCGUAAACUAUGUUUCUUUAACCAACCUUUUUCUCUGCCUAAAUAUUUAUGGAAGCAAGUCCAAGUCACAAAAUUAAUCCCAGUUUGGUCAGUUUGCUGUAGCAAAUCUGAUUUGGGGGUGGGGGAAGAGAUGGAAGGAGAAAUGAAGAAGGGAUUUCGCCAGAUAAGUUACUCUGGGAUGUACAUCAAGCUGUAAACAUAUGUAUUAUCUUAGUACACUCAACUAUAAUUUAGCCUCUUAGCUCGGAGCUAUUCCCAGCACAGAGAUCGUGGAAUAUUGAGGGGUUGUGUGCCCUCUUUUUUAAAAACAAGCAAACUAAUUUUUAGUGUUAUUUGGAACAAGCUAACCAUUUAUGAUAAGACGAGAACGUUGAAAUAGCCGGUGACGAGGGAACACCCGUGACGCCUGUAAAGCUUGAAGGAUAUAUUUUGUAAACAUAAAGCUUUUCCAAUUUUUGAAGCCUACUUGCAAUUAUGAAUUAAUGACUCUAGGAUCAUAAUUGGCAGCUAAACACGAAAAAAUAGAGGGGGAAACGAUUUUUGUUGGUAGUUCGGCUAGUAUUUUGAGAAGCGUAUUUAGAUAAGGAAGUAAUUGUUCGUUGUUUAAACCAGUUUUUAUCUGCAUAACAGUAAUGCAGUCUUUAUAUUAAAAUGCCCACUUAUUUUUAUGCAGCUAAAUCCUAAAGCAGUGUGUCUGUCACGGAAGAAGCUGCCUUCGCAGAGGGGCUUUUAAAUCGUUGUCUGCUGGGGCAAAGCGCAGACUAUUCAACGUGUUAAAGAUCACAUGCUCCAAAGUAUUAUUAUUUAUAUACAACAGGCAGAAUAUAUUGCGUGUCUGUCUUGUCCCAAGCUAUUAGGAUGUGAUUCUGCCGUUGUGCGUCGGAGGGUCUUUCAUGCCUUCAGCGCUGUGAUUACAACACCAGCAGGAUCCAAGAUGGCUCAUUAUCCUUCAGAUAAUUUAAAUUGAAUAUGUUUAAGGUUGCAGGUUUAGGCCUACUUGGAAGCAAAUCCCAUUAAACUAUGUAGGAUUUACUUUCCAACAAAUUUAAUUCGAGUUUUUUGUUCCAGUUACAUCCCAGCCCCCCCCCCGCCCUUGAUCCACGUGUUUACAGGUAUCCAAGAAAACACAAAAGUAGCUCCAUGACCACCAUAAUUGGUUUCCCAAAAAUCUUGUAAGUGUAAAAAGGACACUUCGCUGCACGCAUAUCAAACCGGGGGGGGACCCCGCCCCCUUCUCUUGAUACACCUGACCGCUUUCCUUCCCCUUUCUGCUCCUCCCUAGAAAACGCGAUUGCUCGGGGGUCUCCAAAAUGUUUUUUAAGGCAACAAACUGGCAGCUAAAAAAUGUCUUCUUGCUGCUGCUGCUUCUCUCUCUCUCUCUCUUUUCUAAAGGCAUUCUGAAUAUUUCAAUAAACAAUUGUUCAUGUAUGCUAAGCUU